AAGUUGAGACAGAAGAGAGGCAAGCUCUGAUGAGAGCUUGAGUUGAGUUGCUGCAAUGGUGGAAGGCUGUCUCUGUCUGUCUGUCACUCUCAAAUUCAAAUUUCAGAGCUACUUUUCAUAAAUAAAGAAGAGAGCAAUUAAGAAGGGCCAACUAUGAAGUAUCAUCAUCAUUUAAGUAUGUCUGAAUUAUGAUGAUGAUGAUCUCCACUUUCCUGGCUGUUGCCUCCGACUCAGAGCCCCAAACCCUCGUGCGCAUAUCCCCAUUUGUCUCUUGCAAUCUCUCUCUCUCUCUCUCUUCACUCUUCACUCUUCUCUCUCUCUCUCUCUCUCUCUCUCUCUCUCAAAGUCUAUAUAUGAUAUAUCAUUACAUCUUUGCAUUCUGUCGGUGAGGAAGUUGCUAGUAACUCAAAUUGAUGAAUCUUGAAUGUUUUUGCUUCAAGAUUCAUCAUCAGACAGCUUUUCAGAAGCUUUAAUUUGGAGAACAUUGCCUUGCUUGGAUCUGGGCUAGCUUCUUAAUUUGCUUUCUUUUUCCUCAAAGAUUGAUGCAGGAAGCUUGAUCUCGAUUUCUCCGAUGAAAGACACAGAUACUGUAAUUGACAUAAAGCCUGUCUCUGUGGAUCACUCAAUUAUUGAAGAAGAAGCGAUUGCAGUUUCUGUGACAGUGAGUAUCGAUGAAUUAGCCUCAGGCAAUGUUGAAAAUGGAGUAAUUAGCUUGCAGGCGAGCAACGUGAAAAAUGUCAGCGGUGGAGGUACGCCGGAAAAUAACAAGGGAAAGCAUAAUAGCGCAAAGAAGCCGCCGCGGCCACCGAGGGGGCUGUCGCUGGACGCCGCCGACCAGAGGCUGAUCAAAGAGCUUUCGGAGCUGGCGAUGAUCAAGCGUGCCCGAACUGAACGGAUCAAGGCGUUGAAGAAAAUGAAAGCGGCUGCUGCUAAGGCAUCAUCCGCUUCGUCUUCCUCGUCUUCAGCAGGGAACUUCGUGGCUCUGCUCUUCACCAUUCUGUUCUGCGUUCUGUUCAUCUUCAGAGGUUGCCAGCCUCCUGAGGGAAGAAUUGCUAUGGUCGGUAGUAAUCUCAACGCCGACAGCACAAGCCAAAUAUGAGAUACCAAUCAAUGGUGUAGGAUCGUAUCAAUCAUCUUACUUCUUCUUCUUCGUCUUCUUCGUUUUGUGUAAGAAUAAAUGUGUACAUAGAUCGAUGGAUCGAUUAUCGUUUAUUCAAAAUGUCAAAACAGAGACAGACACACAAACACACACAACACAGACCUGGCAAUGAUGAUGACGAUGAUCAAUUAAACUCAAUUCAAUUAAAUUCGAUUGAUUUCGAUUAUGAUAAA